GAAAGGGAAAGAGACGGGGCUUAAUUAAAGGAGUAUCGUAUCAAUUACCAAAAACAUCAGCAAGAGUCUGAAAUGGAAAACCUUUUGGGUCUACUGAGAGUACGAGUCAAGAAAGGUGUGAAUCUCGCUGUUCGUGAUGUUCGUAGCAGUGAUCCCUACCUCGUCCUCAAGAUGGGUAAACAGAAAUUCAAGACCCGAGUUAUAAAGAAGGAUGUUAAUCCUGAGUGGAAUGAAGAUUUAACUCUUUCUGUUGCAGAUCCCAAUCUUCCUGUUAAGCUGACUGUCUAUGAUCACGAUAUAUUCAGCAAAGAUGACAAAAUGGGAGAUGCCGAAUUUGACAUCAAACCAUUUCUAGAGGCUGUCAAAAUGAACUUAAGUGGCCUCCCAGGUGGCACCAUUAUUACAAGAAUACCACCGUGCAGAUCUAACUGUCUAGCAGAAGAGUCUAAUGUGAUUUGGAAAGAUGGCCAGGUUGUGCAAGAUAUGUGCCUAAGAUUGAGAAAUGUGGAAUGUGGAGAGGUCGAACUUCAACUUCAAUGGAUCGACCUUCCUGGCUCCAAGGGUUUAUAGAACACAGAGUGUCUGUAUAUAGAUGGUUUCAGUUUGGCUGCUGUCUAUGAAUGGGUUUGUGAUCCUACAAUUGAUCUCUGGUUGUGAUAAAUGGAGCUUUUUAUAUAGAAGUUCGAUUAAACUGCAGCAAUACUGCACCAAUCUGUUGUGCAAGGUUUCUAGCUUACUGAAUAUGUGGUUUGAAUAUUCUUUUCAAAUUUUCUUGUAUUUCACUGGAAUUGCUGUAGUAUAUGGGAAAUACUCAAUAUACAGGUUUGCAGAUAAGUGCAAACCUUUUUAUUA